AUGAAAGAUUACACGAUGAAAGUAAUAUUGUUCCUGUUCACUAUCUGCGCCGCACAGGGAGCAGUUCAUAUGGUCGGUGGAUUCAGAGAAAUACCCUUGGAAGAUGUGCCAAAAGACCCGUACUUACAAAAGGAAAUUGACACAGGUUUACAGAUAGCUGCUACAAGAAUGAAUGCAGUGAAAACUGCAAAUGGAACUAAGAAUGAGAAACCACUGAAAAUUCUGCAACUUCUGCAAGUAUUUAGUCAGGUUGUUUCAGGAGUGAACUACAAGCUGGUCGUAAAAGUAGACAUUGAUGGCCAGAAUAAAACAUGUGGCAUGUGUGUCACCCAUCUGGCACCCUGGUUAAAUGGUGGAACUUGGCUGUUGAGACCUUGUAGUGAAAAUGACCCAUGCAGUCCCUUUAUCCCGAGGGAUCACCCAAGAUCUCCCAGGUCUGUGUCUCUGCUGGGAGGCCCGCAUGAGGUGGAUACAAAUGAUAACAUGGCUCAGCAGGCAGCACAAUGGGCAGUUGAGCAUAUUAAUAAGAUGUCCAACUCUCUGUUUAUGCAGAGUCUACUGAAAGUCACUCACGCGACAGAGCAGGUUAUCAAUGGCUUACGUUAUCAUUUCUUGCUGACUACUGUAUUUACGUCCUGUCGUAAUGCACCAGAGAAUCACCACAAGACACUAAGUGAAUGUCUUGCUACUACAGAAUCAAAGCCACAAGAAUGUGAUGUGUCUGUCAUCUACUCUCAGAACAAGUACACCAUGGAAAACUUCAAGUGCAAACCUCACAGAGAAGCUGUUGAGAAUGUCCAAAAGAGAUCAGCAGUUGCAAGAAUGGAAAUUUUGGGAGGUGAUAACCAUGAUUACCUCCCACACGGAGAUGACAAGUGUGCUGAACAUGUGCCUGCAUUCAAAGAAUUCAAAAUCCAAUACGAUCGUCUCUAUGGAUCACCUGCUGAGGAAGCCCGUCGAUUUAAAAUCUUCUGUGACAACAUGGAGAAAGUCAAGAUUAUUCAGUCAGUUGAGCAGGGAUCAGCUCAGUAUGGUGCUACAAAGUUUGCAGAUCUUAGUGAGGAAGAAUUCAAGAAAAUGCAUCUAGGGUUCAAACCACCAGUGUCUCUUAAGCGUCAGUGGCCUCAGGCGAAAAUUCCAGAAGGCCCAAUCCCUGACAGCUGGGACUGGAGAGAACAUAAUGCAGUGACCCCAGUGAAGAAUCAGGGCUGGUGUGGGUCCUGCUGGGCUUUCUCAACCACUGGGAACAUUGAAGGCCAGUGGGCCAUUAAUUCACCAUCACACCAACUGUUGUCCCUCUCUGAGCAAGAACUUGUGGAUUGUGACAAGCUUGACCAGGGUUGCAAUGGGGGCUUUAUGUAUGAUGCUUAUGAGGCCAUUAAGGAUCUUGGUGGCAUUGAAACAGAGACGGACUACAAGUACACAGGGGAGGAUGGGAAAUGUCAGUUCAACAAGUCUGAGGUGGUUGCCAAGGUGACUGGAGCUGUCAACAUCAGCAAGAAUGAAGAAGAUAUGGCAGCUUGGCUAUACAAAAAUGGACCUAUUUCUAUUGGUAUCAACUCAUUUCCCAUGCAGUUUUACAAGUGGGGAAUUGCACAUCCUUGGAAGUUCUUCUGUGACCCGAAUGCCCUUGAUCAUGGUGUUCUCAUCGUUGGCUAUGGAAAGAAGGGCAAGGAACCAUACUGGAUCAUCAAAAAUAGCUGGGGCUCUAACUGGGGAAGAGAAGGCUACUACUACAUCUACAGAGGGGAUGGCAGCUGUGGUCUCAACACCAUGUGCUCAUCAGCCACUGUUGCGUAG